AUGUUUACUAAACAGAAAAAUGUUUCAUUAGAAAUCACACUGGAUGAUGAUUUUAAUGGUAUAAUGUAUGGUCUCCCAGAAGAAUCAUUGGGAUGUCAACUUAAGGGAAAAGUCAUUCUUGAAAACAAAAAUUCAAUUCCAGUAAAGCAUUUACUGUUUGUAUUCCUUGGCAAGACAUCCGUUGCAUGUGGACCUCCUAUGUCUACAGCAAGACCAGAAUUUAGUGAAACCCAAACGAUAUUUCGGAAACAAUGUUUAUUUCAUAAUUCGGAUACAUCAAAUAAGAGAAUCACUGCCGGUACACAUGAAUAUUAUUUUGAAUUCGAUCUUCCCGGGAAUUUACCAUCUUCGUUUCAGGGAUCACGUGGAAAAAUCGAAUAUUCUUGUUCUGCAAUCCUUGCGAGACCAUUAUUUCGUAAUGAUAUAUUAGCAAAGAAACCUAUAUAUAUUAAACGAUGUCUGAUGGAUGAAAUGAUGACACAUAAUUCAACAUUUACUGAAGGAGUUUUGGAUGGCCGAAUCAGUUAUCAAAUUAGUACCCCUAUCAUAACAUUUCGUGAAGGUGGUUUGGUACAGACCGAAUUAACGUUAAAACAUAUAAAUAUAAAUUCUGAUACGGUCAUUGAAGCUGUUGAAUACGGAUUAAAAGAACGAAUUCAUUAUCGUACAACUGGUGAACAAGAUAUGGCCGUUUUGGCAGAUGUUGACGAAGAUCGUUAUCCACUUGGCAAGAAGAAAAUUGCUAUCGACUCAUUCUUUAACUCCGGUUCGGAUCCUAUCAGAGUCAAUUUUCGCUUAUGUCCAUGGGUUAAUUCUGAUAUAGAUUCCCCAUUAAUUAACGUUCAUCAUAAAUUAACAUAUAAAAUCUGCGUUUCGGAGUCAAUUCCUGCUGAAACGGGAAACGUUUUAAGUGAGAACUCACCCGCAAUAACUUCUACUGCUCAGAGAAAUCGUCGAUAUUCUGUUCCAGUUUCUCCAAGAAAUGAAAGGGGUGAAGGAAGAAGAGCACAACGAAUCACUUCUUUAUUACCGAUAACUAAUAAUAGAAGUUCAAGAACAUUUUCUAUAAAAACAAUUCUUAAUAAUUCCGCUCAAACUAAAGUUGAUGAGAAUGGGGAAAAGGAUAAGGACGAAUCGUGUGAUGAAUCGUGUGAUGAAUCAUUUGAUGAAUUAUAG